GCGUAGAUCGCAAGGCGGAGGAUGGGUUUUAACGUGUGACAGGAACUGGAAGGCGUACAGGCGACCUCCUAGCUGGCUCCCUCGGUUAGGGGAAUUGGCUAGUUUCAGCUGAGACAGCAAGCUGCGUGUGGAGGUUACUCGUAAAUUCAGCCAGAAGAGCUGGUCCAUGUGAUGUUCAGGAAAGACAGGAGAAUUUGGCACAAUAAAGAAUCUGGAGCCAUGUGUGACUGAGGGAUGUGCCAUGGGCUACGACAUCACCAGGUUCCAGGGUGAGGUGGAUGAGGACCUGCUUUGCCCCAUCUGUAGCGGGGUCCUAGAAGAGCCAGUGCAGGCUCCUCACUGCGAGCAUGCCUUCUGCAAUGCCUGCAUCACCCAGUGGUUCACGCAGCAGCAGAUCUGUCCUGUGGACCGCACCGUCGUCACAUUGGCCCACCUGCGGCCCGUACCGCGCAUCAUGCGCAACAUGCUGUCCAAGUUGCAGAUCACCUGCGACAACGCCGGCUUCGGGUGCAAGGCUGUGCUACGGCUCGACCAGCUGCAGUCGCACCUCAAGGAUUGCGAGCACAACCCCAAGAGGCCCGUCACCUGCGAAGAGGGUUGUGGGCUUGAGAUGCCGAAAGACGAGCUGCCCAACCACAACUGCAUCAAGCACCUGCUCAGCAUGGUGCAGCAGCAGCAGUCUAAGAUCGCAGAGCUGGAGAAGACCGCGGCUGAGCACAAGCACCAGCUGGCAGAGCAGAAACGGGACAUCCAGUUGCUGAAGGCCUACAUGAGGGCUAUACGCAAUGCCAACCCCAACCUGCAGAACCUGGAGGAGACUAUAGAGUACAACGAGAUCCUGGAGUGGGUGAACUCGCUGCAGCCGGCCCGGGUGACACGUUGGGGUGGCAUGAUCUCCACGCCGGACGCCGUGCUGCAGGCAGUGAUCAAGCGCUCCCUGAUUGACAGUGGCUGCCCGCUGUCCAUCGUCAACGACCUGAUUGAGAACGCCCACGAGCGCAGUUGGCCGCAGGGCCUGGCCACGCUGGAGACGCGGCAGAUGAACCGGCGCUACUACGAGAACUAUGUGGCGAAGCGCAUCCCGGGCAAGCAGGCGGUGGUGGUGAUGGCCUGCGAGAACCAGCACAUGGGCGAGGACAUGAUCCUGGAGCCAGGCCUGGUCAUGAUCUUCGCCCACGGGGUGGAGGAGAUCCUAUAGGGCAGAGAGGAGGAAGGUUUGGGAGAGGCACGUCAAGAACACAAUGCUCCUCUCCCUCCUCUCCCCCAUCAAACAUUAACAGUCUCCCAGGUUCCGAAUUUCUGUGGAGGUCAGCCGAAUGAAGGAUGAGGGUGGCAACUGGACAGCACUGAUGGAAGUGCAACAUUCCCCCCUCAGCCAGUAAACGUUCAUAAAACUGGACUGAAUAUACAGCAAUGUCUCUAGCGUUUGUCUAUGCACAUGCAAUUUUAGUAAAUGUGAACCAGAGUAAUAUGACUGACAGUGAAACCUACACUAAAGCUUGAUCUGCUCUCUGUACCUCUCUAGAGCUGUCUCCAGCUACUGUCUACUCAGGCUUGCAAUACUUAUUUUUAUGACCUACUUCCAGUUACAUGGACAGGCUACAAUAAAACAUUACAAUAAACGAUAAGGGACUAAAUGCAUAGUACUGCUGUAUCUACACUUGAUGUUCAAUAUAAUCUAAUCGGUCUCUUAUUCUGGCGUUGUUGUUUCUGAACACUAGUGCAACAGGACCUCUGGAUGCUUUAAGCUGAAGGCUCAGGAGCUCUGUGUUCUCGGCUCGGCUCCACCGUAACGCAGAAACAGGCUGUUCACGGCUGGCAAACUGCAGGGCCUGCAAUGCAGCAGAAUGACGAGGAAGAGGCAAUGAAAAUGAGGAAAUCGCACCACAGUGUGACCCCUCUCUCCCCAGCCCAUUUUUUUAUUGACCUGGCCUGUGGUGAGGUCUGUGUUGAACCAAUUUCUCAAGAGACCACUGGGAUUUUACCCACCUAGAUCCGCCAGGAGGAAUUUUAUAGUAGUAAUUCUGAUCUCUUUUAUCUUUCCUUAUUUUUACCACAUAUCACAGACUCUGCCCCCAUGUGUCGUCCGAUAUUCUAUUUAUUUCAUAUCAGAAAAUACUUAUUUAAGCAGCAGAUGGGUAGUAUGAACAGGGCUGGGGUCCAUCCCCUCCAAGAGUGACUGUAGGGUGAAGAAGAUUGCAUUGUCACCCAUAGCCAUUUUGGAAUCUUUGUGUUGGAAAUGUGAAGCCUUUCAAAGAGAAGAUGUGAUUCUUGUUUUUUUCUUGUUCUCACCAAAGCUGUUGUGAAGGGUUUGGGAGAAUGGCCACUGCAUCUCUGUCUGCCACAGUUUGUCUCUCUGAGCCAACAUGAAGUCUCUCAACAUGUGAUGCAAGCCAAGUGGAAAAUGAGCCAAACCUAACAUGCCUUUUACUCUGAGAUGAAGCACUUUCCCCAUUGUAAUUCAUGGUUAAAAUGGGGAAACUUGACGUGAACUGAAUUGUUAGUAUGAAGUCUCUGGGAAUCUGGAACCGGUGGACCCCCCCCUCCCACCCCCCACCUCAGUCAGUGGAGUGUAGCUGGUCUUUGUAUUGUUGUUCAUUAAAAUGUUAUGGCCAUUUGCCAUGCUAUAUUUUUCCAUGAACACUUAUCAAGGUUGAUUUUUGUGUAUGAAGUUAUUUUGUGUGCAGUUGAUUCAUCUUGCAGUAAACUAAGGUGUGUUUGUGUUUUUUCUUGGAUUUUUCCUUGUAGUUAAGAAGAAAUGGGUCAGGUUGCAACUGUUUGUGUUCUUUUGUACAUCUUAACUCACAUUGCUAUUCUCCAUUUUGUUUAAGCCUUCAAUCAGUGUGGAUGUAUUCUUAAAGUAUAGUACAAAAACAUCCAACAGAAUUUCCCCCUCUAAGCUAGGCAGGGAAUAAGUCUUAAAACAUUGUUUUACAUUCAGUAAGGCCAUGCUGCAGUCAAUGUAGAUGUUCUAGAGUAGUGGUUCUCAACCUUUUUUGACCCAAUUUUUACCAUGCCAGCUCGGUCAUGGCCCUAAAUCCAGUAUAAGUUUAAAUUAAAGCUAUGAUCAAGCAUGCAGUGCACUCUGCAAAUUAUGCCAAACAAUGCCUAUCGCACAGAUCUGAUUGGUGUACCAGUGAAUUUUAAAUUAAGCAUCUGUGGUUUGGUUUCUUGGAUUGGCUGAGUUUUGUGGUAAGCGUUUGCAGAUCAAUUAAUAUGGGUUAAUUCUAGGAUUAGGGCUGGAAAAUCUGAUCGUGGGUCAGCAUAGGAGCUUGGAGUGGUACCGCGGUAUACGUCCACUUUGGAAUAAGUCCAACUUGGUAUUCGUCCUGUUUGGAUGCAAAAAAUUUUGCUUGGUAUACGACCUUUGUUUGGAAUACGACUGCUAGCACUUGUAUGGGUCAAAAUGAGUCAUGACACCAUGCGCUACCCUUGUUUACCUCUCUUGAGACAAAGCCAGAACUGCCCACCAGCGUCAGUAUGCCAGUUGCUACCAUUAAGUGAACAACUCGCGAUAUAACUCUUUUAACUUAUUUCAUCUAAUUGCUUUUGUAUUUACGUAUUUUAGUAUUAAGCAGUGUUGAAAUUAUUUUAUAAAACCCCAUUAAAUUAUAAUAUGCCAAUAACAAUAGGAUUUUUUUUUCAUGGGAACGGAUUAAUCAUUUUCCCUAUAUUUCUUACAGGAAAAAUUUGUUUGGUAUACAUCCUGUUUGGUAUAAGUCCAAGGAUCUGGAAAUGAUUAAGGACGUAUACUAAGGUACCACUGUAUUUACAUUGCCAACUCUGCCUGGCAACCCUUUCAGAACUUGUUAAGAAUCUCUGUUAUAGAGCAGGGGUCCCCAACUAUUUCCCCCAAGGGCCAAAUUCCAUCAACAACACUAAGCCAAUUCUACUAUGUCCAAAAAAAUUUGCUGACUUAGGGUAGGGGGACGAUCACAUUAAUUUCAGGUCAAGUAUGAUGAAUAACAGUUCUUGAUGCGGAUAAAGCUUUGCUGUAUGGUACUGUGGGAGCAUCCUGAUUCUCAGUCUUAUCUCGAUUUGGACUGCCACAGGGGCUGCGGCAGUUGAUCAUAUAUUUUUUUUUUCUUUGUGGAAACAUUAAUCGAUUAGUAAUAUGAGUAACAUCCUGACAGUUGUACAACCUAAGAGACUUUAAAACAUUUGGGACGUGCUGUCUGAUUAUGCAUUCAGUGAAGUGCUUUUCGUUUCCUGAUGUUUGCCAGAAUUUGGAGUUCUGCCAUUGGAUAUAAUCUUCCGAUGGAUUUAGAUAUUGGCUCGGAAAUGAAAGAAACUGACUGUCAUGAGACUGGCGAAUCAUGUCCAUGCAUUUGAUUUGCCUUUGUGAUAAGUUAGGGAUAAACUCAGACCGGCCCGUUCUGGUUUUGCUGUCAUGGUAGUUGCGUUUGGCAAGGCUGCUUUGGCAGUGACUGAAAGUUACAGCUGUGUGGGUGAUGUUCUUAUAUAUAUAUAUUCACCAUACCCUUAAUCAUUGUUCUUGUUGGUGGGAAAACCCAGAACAAUUUUCCUAUUGUCUGUAUUAAGUUUUGUUGUACAUAAUCAUUUUGUAUUCAAAAGCACUUAUAUACAUGUACCCAUUGUAAAGUGUGUGUGUGUGAGAGAGAGAGUUUGCUUGCCUUUGUUGUGUGUUUCCACGGUUUCAGGUUCCAUGCAGUUUCUAACCAUACUUCAUCAUUUUUACCUAUAAAUUAGUCCUUUCAAAUGCCUUUCACAUGAAAGCAAUAAAUAUAUUGUUAGUGUAUGUUUGUGGGUUAGUUAAUGGGCAUUUUAUGGUUGUGUGCAUUGACUUUUUCAUGUUUGAACUGAUCAGUUGGCUGUUAUGUUGGUUUUUGAAAUUAAUAUAUAUUACUGUGUGAAGCUUUGUGUGACCUUGAGUGGGGGGGAGUGUAGUUUUUGUCAUAAAGGAGCCCCUCUUUUUCACUGAAAUUUGACUUCAGAUUUAGGGCUGGUAUUUACACUGAUGUAAGUCGUUAGUGUGAGGCAUCAGAAUGCCAAUGGAGAUGGUGGCGCACACUGGGUUCAGGUAAAUAUUAUUUGGACCACAUUUGUCUACAUUUUUUUGUAAAUUCCUACAUGUAAAUCUAAUACAAUUAUAUUGAAAUAUUUCCUGACAUUAUGGCUAAAAAUGUGUUCCUUUUGUUUUUCUCGUUGGCAAGGGCAAGGGAAUUGUUUACAUGAAGCCUGACUCCAUGUCAGAGUUAAUUCCCUAAUACAGUUUUAAGAACUUUAUGGGAUGCAGUUGUGAUCAGAACUUUUGGCAGAGAAAUAGCUCACAGAUCUGUUAAUACUAUACUGAUAUUACAUGAAGGUGACAUAGACUACAGAUAAUUUGGUUUACCAUUAGAGAUGUUCACUCAUACUACAAACCACUGUUGGUUUUCUUUUUUUAAUUUUCUAAUCUUUUAUUUUUCUUCAGUAUGGCUGUCUAUGUGUUUCUCUCCUUAUCCUGCUCCCCACACACAGAUUUAAUCCCUGGUUUGCCCUUUCUGCCAGCCCAUGCUGUUUCACAAAGGACUUCCAUUUUUAUCCAGGCUUUUGUUGUCGGUGAAACGGAAUGCACCUUUCUAUACCAGCUCGCCAUUGCUUUAUGUCCCUCUGUAAGUUCUGUCACUUGUAUGGAAGUGGUACAUUGGUAAUUUGAAAACUGCAGUCACUUUGCUUUAUGUGUACAUACCAGCAGCAUGACUGACAUAAAGGCCUUUUUUGGCAUUUUCAAAAUGUUAGUUAAAUGAGCACUUAAGUAUUUACCAAAUUGUACGUUUAUUACAAAGCAGAUAACACCUCAAAUAAAGUGUUUUAUACCUAAAAUUUGAAAGAUCUUGUAUUAAUAUAUAUUUAGAUGUUUAUGCAAACUAAAAUGCAUGUUUACACGGACUUGACUGAUACAGACAUAAAUCUACAUCAGUGCAUGAAAGCAAGAAUAAAGGCUCAAUCUGAAUCU